AUUAACCAAACAUUACAAUUUCCGAAAACCACGGUGCCAGCACGGGAAACAAAUUAUUUCUGCAUGACCUUUGACCUCCUAACAGAUGGAGAUUACCAUCUUAUUGGGUCUAAGCCUUUGGUUGACAAUGCCAAUGUGCUACAUCACAUGAUUCUAUAUGGUUGUAAAGACACAGCGAAGGUGACAUCUACUCCCGAGAGCUGUGGAAUGGCCAAGGAAGACUGCAAUGAUAUGAUAGCGCUCUGGGCUGUAGGAUUUACCGGUGAAUGCCUUCAUAAAGAUACUGGUUUUAGGGUCGGGGUUAAUGGAUACAAGAAAGCCAUAUUAGAGGUUCAUUGGAAUAACCCGGAGAAAAGGUCAGAUUAUAUGGACGGAUCUGGCAUGUAUAUAUUCCUCACAAAGUCAAGAAGAGUCCAUGAUGCGGGGAUUCUGAUGGUCGGACAGAAUUACAUUCAAAUCCCCCCACGCUCCCCUCGAGUUGUGGUGACAGCGAACUGUCCCCGUGCCGACACUUCACAAUUUAUUGUAAAUGGACCAGUCUACUUUACCCGUGCACUGAAUCAUAUGCAUUACCUGGGAAGAGAAAUGAAGUUGGAACAUUAUAGGGAUGGAAAGAAAUUGCGGGACCUGUCUUAUGAAACCGACUACAGUUAUGAUAGUCCCAAAACGUUCGAAUUUUCAACACCUGUUGAGUUCAGAGCCGGGGACGAAGUAAUCACCACUUGUGUAUUCAACUCCAUGAACAUGAACAAAACUGUGUUCAAAGGUGAUGCAACUAGUGAUGAAAUGUGUUUCGGAUUUCUCACGUACUACCCAAAGGAAAAUCUCACCGUGACCUCCUGCACUCAGUGGCAAGACAUAAGCCAAAAUGCUCUAGAAUCUUAUCAAGAUAAACUUAUAAAUGGUUGUAAUAUUACGGCAUUCAUUGAUGAAAAAAAUCCUGCAACGGUCACUUUUUUGAAGGCCGUCUACGAGAACUGUAAAAUGCUCAUGGGAUGUACCUCAGAAUGCCGUGCAUUUUUACCAGAAGCAAUGAAAAAUCCAUGUGUAAAUGGCAGUAUGGGGGCUUAUUUCCGGCAAGCAGCUGUUGCACUUAGCUGGGACUCACGUUUUGCCAUGUUUACAGCUCUCGACGCCUGUAACGCGGAAAUUGCCCGAGAGAACUGCCAGGCUAAAUGUAUGGACACGUGUGAGGAACUGAAGAAAGCAACAUCAGAAGCCAGUACGGCAACAAGAGCAACACUUGUUGCAUCAAUAUUAUUUACCAUCCAUUUUAGUUUAUAAGAAAGGAAAAGUUUAAUCACAGAACUAAUGUCGAUAACUACAAACAGCGCAGCAUUAUUCAAUAAAGUUGAUAUCAAGAAUAUUUUUGAAAAGUGUGUUCAAUAGUAAAGCUUGGAUAUUUGUUUAGUUUGCGUUUUUAAAAACAUGUACUACAUAAACGUUUACAAACUUAAAGAGCAAAGUCGGUAAAUAAUAGUAAUCUAUCCUUAAUAUUCAGAAAUAAAAGAUUCAAUUACAGAGUUUGUUUCUAAUCAUUUCAAUACUAACUUCUGAGCAUUGUACAAAUAUUUUCGCGAAAGGCUUUGUAGAUAGAUUCGUAAGCCAAUUACAUGUACAUUCAUACCAUAGACUUAAUUCGUCGAUUAUCAUCGGGCUUUAAUUGCAAGCAACGUUUAAAUUUCACUAUAUAUGCUUGAGAACUUUGCAAAAAAUGCCAUCAAUAUGCAUAUGUAUAUUUGUAUGAAUUCACUCUGUAAAUAAAUAUGCACACAUGUAUUUCUUUUUGUUAUAAAACCAUCUACUCUAUCUUCCUUUCCAUGUAUGUUUUCAAUUUUGAAUUAACUGGAUGGCAUGUUCAUGUAAUAAACAAAUUACAGUUUGA